AUGUUCGCCAUUACAGAACCCGUUCCCAAUAUUCAUGAUACACAAAUUUUUCCCAAUAACUAUCGAAACACCUCUUCCGUGACUUCUAUUUCUCCAAAAUAUGAAGAAAACUUAAGUUCUUCCACAUCAAGUUUAUCUACUGCAUUGAAUAAUCAUCGUUCAAAUAGUACACAAAAACUAAAUGAUUUAAAAAAUUCAUCCAUAACAUCAAAAAAUACUUUAUCACAAAAUUUUGGAUCACCACCUAAUCAACAAAGGAAACUUUCUGAAACUUUGAAUUUUAUUCCAUUUAACGAAAAGACAAAAUCUUCUUCACCAGUUCAAAAGAAAAGGGCUUCUGAACCUAUUCGUAAAUGUUCAUCAAUUGCUGCUUCUUCAUUUGAGACACCAACUCCUGUUAUUAGCAGUGGUCGCAAGUCAUCACUUUCCUUAAAUCUAUUCAAAUCAUCUUUACCUGAUCAUUAUUUCAAUUCAAAACACAAAGCUAAACAAAUUCCUAUAAAACAUAAUUUGAAACCUGAAAUUAGAAUUAAUACAGAUUUUGACAGCUACAGCAACAAUAAUAGUCACAUUGAUGAUAAUAAUUGUAAUAGUGAUGGAGAUGACUACGAUAACAUAAGUGAAGAAGAAUUAAACAAAUUUUUAAGUGAUCCAUCUACGCCACCUUCAGUUCAACUAACGCCUUUUGAUAAUCAAGUUGGAGGUCAUACUUCAUUCUUUCGUUUUUCAAAAAAAGCUGUGUGUAAACCAUUAGCAAAAAGAGAACAUUGUUUCUAUGAAGUUUUAGAGACAUUUCACCCUGAAUUAUUACCUUUUGUUCCUAAAUAUUUGGGUGUUCUAAAUGUUACUUAUCGUUCUCAUGAAGAUAACUAUAGUCCAAUGCCAGAAGUUUUUUUCAAACAGAAUAAGCAUCUUUUACCUAACUGGGUGCUUACCAAGGUAAAUUCUUUGGAUAAAGAUUUUAGUUUCAAUGAUAAUAAUAAUAACUUGCUUAAUUCGGAUAAAGAAAAUGAUUAUAGUAAAGAUUCAAUGGAAUUUGAAAAUGAAUUGUGUUGUUCCAUAACCAAAGUAAACAAGAUAUUAAAAGAACAAGUACUUGAAGAGGUUUUUUCUCCACGUGCAUUAAGCACUCGUAUACGUCAAGUAUGUUCUUUACAAAAUGACGCAUCAAUUAAAAGACGACAUUCUAUGAUAAGUGUCGAUGCUCUAUCAAAACCUGAAUUUAAUAAUACCCAAGAAAUUUCAACGUCGAAAAGUUUAGCUGAAACAUUGAUAAUUGACAAAUCCUCAAAGAAACAUCGUACUAUAUCAGAUGGUCAUCUGAUUCAACUCUAUCCAAACAGAACAGACUAUUCAACAAUGGAAACACCCGAAGAAAUUAAAUUUCAUAAAAAAGAUAAUUUUUAUGAAAAAUCGCCAGAUGUUAAAUCUUUAUCUACAUCAUCUUGCACCACAAACAACAAUAAAGUUCAACAAUUUAUAUUGCUUGAAGAUCUUACUGGCGGAUUAAAAUAUCCCUGUGUGUUGGAUCUUAAGAUGGGAACACGUCAACAUGGAAUUGAUGCGGCACCAGAAAAAUGCAAAAGUCAAACGAAGAAAUGUGCAAAAACCACUAGUAAAAAAUUAGGCGUAAGAAUUUGUGGAAUGCAGGUUUAUAAAACCACUACCAAAGAAUUCCAAUUUCAAGAUAAAUAUUAUGGACGUUCAUUGAACACUGAAACAUUUUGCAAGUCAUUAGCAGACUUUAUACAUAAUGGAGGUCGCUUACUAGGACACCAUAUUCCAACAAUUCUAGCUAAACUUCGUCGAUUAGCUAAAAUAAUUAGAAGUCUUAACAAUUAUCGAUUCUAUGCCAGCAGUUUACUACUAAUCUAUGAUGGGGAUGAGAAAAAUCCACGUGAAAUUGAUAUUAGAAUAAUUGAUUUUGCACAUUGUACUACUGGAAGUGAUUAUGAAGCAAAAGAUUGUAAAUAUCCUUCAAAUGAAGGAUUUGAUAAAGGUUAUUUGUUUGGACUAAAAAAUUUAUGCAGAUCGUUUGAGAACAUUUACAAAGAUUGUUAUGGCAUCAUACCUGAAAAUGUUAGUGAAGAAGAAGAAGGAGUUUUUUCAGGAAUUGAUGAAAACAAUUCAUAUUAG